AUGAAGUUCAUGAAGCUUUGGUGUCUAUUCAGUUUUUGUACUAUUCAGAUACAAGGUUCGACGCAUUGGAUGGUCACUGAAGGAGGUCUUAUCCAGCCUAGGCUGGAUUCUCCAUUUGAAUUGGCAAAACCGUAUGACUUACUCGCUUUUCUCAAUCAAGAUAGACGCUGGGAGAAUAUUGUUAAUUUACAUUAUAGCUUGUCUAAAAGGCAACAAAUAAUAAGAAAAUUAUGGGCUGAACUGCGGAAGAAUACUGACAUCACAACUUUAUUCAAUGAGAAUGAUUAUUGUGUGAGAGCGGGCCAAUUACAUACCGUGGACUGGUACACAUCCUCCUUGGAAGAAGGUAAAACGAGACUGGGUACAGAGGAGUUCCCAGUCCGUAAUUUAAAUUAUGGUGAUGGUGAUAUUCCUGAUUGUAAAAGGAUUUCGUCUUUGACAUUUAGUAUGUGUGCGUUUGAACAUUUGGAGAGUAUGAAAAAGAGGGAAAAUUUGAGUGCAAGUCCUGAAACUUCUAUGCCAGAGAAUAUGUCACCGAAGAAUUCAGAUAUAUCUGAUAUGAGCGUGGAUCAGUUUGGUCAUUGGUUGGCUGGAGUUCUUAAAAAGAACAAUUCUUCAUGGAUACAUUACAAUAUGGCUUCUUUGUACUGGAGGGUCAGGGGAAAUGCUCCUAAGGCCAUUGAAUGCAGCCGAAGAGCAGUGCAUUAUGCACCAAGGGAAUACAAAGACAUUCCUCUGUUGAGCAUGGGAUUGAUACUUCAUCGUAGCAAAGUAUCUGAUGAUGCCGUAAUAGUACUGGGCGCAGCAGUGGACCAUGAUGUGCAUUGUCCCAUCAACCAUUUUAUACUUGCUAAUGCAUUUGCAGUAGUAGGUGAUUUCAAUAGCUCUGUGAAACACUAUGAUAUAUGUUUGAAGUUAAAUCCUACAUUCAGCUUGGCUGAUAAACAUAGGAAUGCUGUUUUGUGCAAUGCCUAUUUUAUGGGGAAAAUGGAAAUUGUUAAGGAAACUCUGAGCAAACUUCGAGAAGAGCUGACUAAGUAUGGUGAUAGAGAAUCUCUAUGGAUGAAAUCACAAGCUGCUUUACUAAGGACUAUGAAACAGACUGAGGAAUAUGAUUACAGGGAUGUCAACAAAAACUUUGAUAAAAUAGCUGAAUUAACCGGACUGAAUAUAAAAGAUGUAAAAACUGAAGGCGAUAAAUAUUCCCUCAUACAAUACUUCUUAGAUGGACCGACGUACAAUGAGAAUUGGUUGAAAGAAAAAGGUGUCAUGAUCUAUGAUUCAGCAAACAGUUUACAACGGCUGGUAAAACAUAUAGGCAGGCAUGUAAAUAUAAAUACAGAUAAUUUACCUCCGGACGAGGAGCUCAUUGUGCCUGAUGACGAAAUAUUGAAGGAAAUUGGCCCCAUACCUACAUUCCCGGAUUUAUUCCCUGAUGUUAUCAAAGAUUAUUCAACCAACACAAUAAUUGAAGAGGAGAUUGAGAGAGCGAAAGUAGAGAAACCGAUAGAAGUAGAGCCUCCAAAGGCGCAGACGAAAGAGAAGAAGAAAGAAUCACCGCCUGCUAAGAAGGCGGCUGCAAUAGAUAGUGAGGAAAACAUAUCGGAGUAUGAUACAGGGAUUAUAUUGUACCCAACUACAUUAAAAAUAAGCAGAAAUACUGAAGAAUUUGAUACGGAUUCAGAAUGGCCCACUAAUAAGCACUGCAAAGACAAUUCAGACAUUUUCCCUGAGAAUUUAGAAGCUGUUUAUCAAAUAUUUUUACCUUUCGAGAAUAAGGGCAUAAGAUUAAAAACUUUACUGACUGAUAAAAUCGGGGUGCCGGCCAAUGUAGAACAUGAGCUGCCGUGGCACCCUCCGACCUGUCCCAAUGACAAGGAAGCGGCUACGUUCACGCAGAAGAAAUCACAGAAGCCGCAGAUAUUCAGCGAUGUAAUCGUAACGAAGCACCUUCGCGAGAAGCUCCUGGAGUACGUAGCGAAUGGAGACAUGGAGUCAGUGCGGAACAUGCAAGACGCUGAGGUCGGACAAAGGAUAUACAGCGCUAUUCAGAUGAAAUUAGCCCCAAAAUGGCUGCUAUACACGUUAUCCUCGUUAUACUGGCGGGUGCGUGGAAACAAUGUGAACGCUCUACACUGCAUACUGACGGCCAGUCGCACUGUCGAGCCACGGUUCAAAGAUAUCGUGCUGGUUUCUUUGGCGUCUGUCUAUUUGGAGAUGGGGUACUUUGAUGAAGCGCUAGGGGCGGCUGAGGAGGCCUUUAAAUUGAGUUUAUAUGAGCCCUCAACAAACUUUAUUCUGGCGGAGUUGAAUAUGAUAAAGAAACACCGCAACACACACAUGUUCCACCUGAAGCAAGUUAUUCGAGUGGAGCCAGGGUUCAUGGGUGGACUCGCCCGUUCCAUGCUGUAUGGAUGGUCCUGUCUGUUCAAACAAGUUAAUGUGCUGCAAGACUUAGAAUUCGGUGAAGGCGAAAUAUGUACACAGGUAGAGCCUGGAAUGAGUAUGGUGUGCGAGAAGGAUGGCACGAACUGUCAUCUCACUAAUAUACAAUGUUACAGUUCACAAGAAAGAGAAAGCAGCACUUUAGUCAGAAUGCUUGAACUAAAAGACGAUAAUAUCCAGGGCGCCCCCGUUGAGGAAAUGGAUGAUGGAGUUUUCGACCGGUUCCAAAGAGAUAUGCCGAAGGAACGAACCGACCGGUUGGCACACCAGAAAAACUUUGAAGCCAUGAUGAAGACUGUUGGCAAAGAGUUGAAGGGUUGCGGAGAUAGGGGCUGUGCAAAUAUUCAGGCGGAAGAUUUGGAACUAACGGAAGAAGAUUGCACCUACCAACAUUUGGAACUAGGAUACUGGCUGCACAUCAUCAGUUUUAGAGAGCUACUCAGCGAUGCUGACCCAAAAUUACCAUCAGACAUACUCUCAUUGACCCCAUCAAAUAAGAAGACUCCAGAGUGUCGUUUGGACGUGGAUCCCUCGAAGGAUUUCUUCCUAGAACGGUUUAUGAAGGUUGACGCUGAAGGUUGGGAGCCAGUUCUAAGUCUCAUGCACCAGUUUGCUGACGUUUUCAAUUAUUAUGAUUACGUCACGCUUGGGACGAAAAUCGCUAGGUAUAUGGAACUGCACCCCGCGAGCUGGGCGGGCGCGGCGGUGGCGGGGUGGUGGUGCGGCGCGGGCGGGCGCGGCGCGUGCGCAGUGCGGUGCCUGGCCGCCGCGCACGCGCGCACGCCGGCCGCGCGCGCGCCGCACGCCGCGCGGGCACUCACUGCACUCCUGCACAUACAAAAUAAGAUAAAGGACGCGAAGGAAAUUGCCUACCUCUCACUGUACACGAAACCUAAGAGUAGAAUAGAAUCGUUCCUGGUGGCUGUAUCUCAUACAUACUUGUCGGAAUACGAGCCCGCAGUGUGGAUGUACCGUUACUCUCUCACCUUUGACGAGAAGUUCCUCCCAGCGAAGGCAUGUCUCCACGCUACCAUGUGUCUGAUGCUCUUCGGCGACGCGGCUAAAGCAAAACCUAAGGAAGACUAA